AGUAGCAUUCAGCCAUAAGUGACACUCUGGGACGGGAAGCAGAACGAACUGUAAGCUUCUGGGGAUCCAUCUUGCUUGAAAAAAGACGAGGGUGAAGGAUUUUCCAGUAAAUAGUCCCAUAAACUGUGUCAUUCUUUGUUCAGCGCACUGGGGAGCCCGAAGAGGGGCCGUGUCGCUGUUUGUAGGAUGUCCCGACAUGAGGGUGUGAGCUGUGAUGCGUGUUUAAAGGGCAACUUUAGAGGACGGCGGUUCAAGUGUUUAAUUUGCUACGACUACGACUUGUGUGCGUCGUGCUACGAGAGCGGGGCUACUACAACGCGACACACAACAGAGCACCCCAUGCAGUGUAUAUUAACUAGAGUAGACUAUGACUUGUAUUAUGGAGGAGACACGUUUUCAGUAGAACAGCCUCAGUCUUUCACAUGUCCUUACUGUGGCAAAAUGGGCUUCACAGAGACGUCCCUACAGGAGCACGUCACCUCGGAGCAUUCGGAGACUUCCACAGAGGUGAUCUGCCCGAUCUGCGCUGCUUUGCCGGGAGGAGAUCCCAACCACGUCACUGAUGACUUUACGGCUCACCUCACUCUUGAACACAGAGCACCACGAGAUUUAGAUGAGUCCAGUAGUGUCCGACACGUACGCAGGAUGUUUCACCCUGGACGAGGGCUGGGUGGCCCCCGAGCACGACGGACAAACAUGCACUUUACUGGCAGCUCAACGGGAGGACUUUCAUCCUCCUCAGCACAGAGCUCCUCCUACACCCCCAGUAACAGGGAGACAAUGGACCCAAUCGCAGAGUUGUUGUCUCAGCUGUCAGGUGUACGGCGGGCCGCGGGGGGGCAGAUCAACUCGUCCGGGCCUUCAGCCUCACAGCUCCAGCAGCUCCAGAUGCAACUGCAGCUGGAGCGGCAGCAGGCUCAGGCGGCGCGGCAGCAAGUAGAGACGGGUCGGCAUGCGGCAAGACGCGGCAACAAUCCAAGCAACACUGGCUCCACAAUCCCUCCGCCCACCACGGCAACCGCCAACACCAACAGUUUGGGUGAAAGCAAUCCUGCUUCCUCGUCCCACAGCUCCCAGUUCCUAUUAGCAAGGUUGAAUGAACCCAAGAUGUCCGAAGGAGAGCGGCAGCUUCUUGAAGGAGAGCGUGCUGACCGCAGCUUGUUUGUCCAGGAGCUGCUUCUGUCCACUCUAAUGCACGAAGAGAGCUCCUCCUCUGACGAGGAAGAGCGCCGAGACUUCGCCGACUUCGGAGCCAUGGGCUGCGUGGAUAUCAUGCCUUUAGACGUGGCGCUGGAGAACCUUCAGCUUAGAGAGAGCAGCUCUUCGGGGAGGGAGCCUCCGCCGCCUCCUCUUUGAUGUCCGAGCAUCAAGCAGACUGUGUCCUCUGUGCUGCACCUGUCAGUGACGGACAGACUGGCCCUCCUUUCCACCCCUCUUCUAUUUUCUGAGUUUGUUAUGGUGAUUGUAAUUUCAGGCCCGUCACCAUAUUUGUUACGUUGUAAACAAAACCUAAAGAGAGCAAGCUUGAUUCAAACCGAAUGAGUGAGUGAGCAAGCAAGUGAGAGAAGAAAAUUCUAUAAAUAUAUAAAAUAUAUAUGAAGUUGAUAAUCAAUCCACUUAACUCUUCACCAGGUUAGUGUUGCAGGCGGCCAUGGCAGACUUUAGCUUCCUGUGACGUACGAAUGGCUCUCCAUAUAAAUACUCCACCUUCAAAAGUCGAGGACGCGAGCUCCUCUGAUGAAGCUGCUGUGUGUGUGUGUGUGUGUGUUAAUGACUAUUAAUAAAAUAAAAAGUGCUUGGAUGGGUUACCAUAAGAACCUGCAUGCAGUUAUUUGCAGCGUGCAUGACCUCUGAUGACCCUGUCAUUAAAACUUAUUUUAGGAUAUCCCAAAGCUUUCAAUUGUUUAUUUUAACGAUUCAUUCAAACAUCCAGAAAAGUUAGCAGCUGAAGAACCGACAUGCAGAAAUGACACUAAACUAGAGUGUGUGUGUGUGAGUGUGUGUGAGCUGUAACUUAAUGUAAGAAAAGACCUCGUCUCCAGAUGUUAAUCUUCAGUUUUCUCAUUUCUAGACGAGAUGCGGUGCUCGUCCACACACACCAACAGGCUUCCACACACUUGUUUAAAUUUGCUGGACUUCAGGAUCUUACUUUCUGCUAAAUCUAGCAUUUUGAAUUUAUUCACACUCAUGCCACUCCUCUAUGUAAAGCAAAAGGAAAGUAAAGUCAGAAUGUGCGUUUACUUUAAUAAUGGUUCUAGGGCAUGGGCUGGUCAUUUUUUAAUGUACAUUUAGAGUACAAUAAACACGGUGGGUGCACAGCUUUUGAUUUUAAGCAAGAACCCACCACACCAUUGCACCUUAUCGUUUCAUAAUUUAGAACAUCUUUGUUACCCACAAGUUAUCCAUUUCAUAAACAUCUAAAUCAGAA